GCUGAUAAGCCGUCGGCCCGAUGGAGAAUGGGGCACAACCAAUCCAGUUGGGCCUUGAGAUGGACAUGACUGGAACCCACUGAACAAUCAGAUAAGACCAAAAGGAAAAGCUGACCAAUUACACAGUACCUAGGCUUACCUGUGCUGCUGGGGACCUUUUGGGGCUUCAAGAAUUGAAGACUGGUCGCCUGGGGAGAAAAAAUGAACCACUGCCCUUUCCCCGGUUCUUUUUCUCGGUUCGGGAUAUCGCGGUUAAACAAGGAAGAGCCGUAGUGUGCUGUCAUGGAGAAAAAAGUUCACAGGUAUGAUUGCAGCUUCAUUUCGGAAUAUGUCCCAGGCAAAUGGCUGUGCUUGCGGUUUUACUAUUGAUUCUCUGCGUGUUCGGCGGCAUCCUGUGGAACUAUACGCGGCUAAACGCAAUCCCCGGCCCUGUGCUUGCGGGCCUAUCUGAUAUUUGGUCGCAGUGUCUCAAAUCAUCACCACGAUAUGGUUACGGUUUGGAGCGUCUUCAUCGUAAAUAUGGCGAGGUGGUUCGCAUAGGGCCGAAGACGGUCAGCGUCUCUACCCCCUCCAUCGUUUUGUGGCUGGAUGCCGCCUGUCCACAAACGACGAAGUCGUUCCUUGAUAGCUAUGUGGAUGAACCAGAAAGAGUGACCGUCAAUUCACCACUCAAAAGCAAUCAUCGUGUUUACCUAGACGAACAGACAGACGAUGGACCUCAACAUCAUGAUAAAACCAAGGACCUGGUUCUCGACUUUCUCAGAGUCAUUCGAAAACAACGUACUUUGAAACUGGCGUUGUUCCGAACUUUUGCGACAGACAUUGUUAGACGCACGUUCGUGGACGACCUUGAUCGAGCAGCAGCCAUGGGUACCGGGACAAACCCCACGGAUAGAUGCCGGUUUACAGCGUCCCUGGAGCAUAUCAUGUUCAAGAGCCCAAUUGCUAAGCUAAAGCGCAAACGCAACAAUAGCCUAACAUGGGUUUCUUGCACAGGUACCUACUCCGGGCGGAAUGAUGCGUCUAUCUUCGAAGUCUUGCCGGAGACUGGCAGAAGAACAUUCCUGCAGGUAGGAACCCGCGAAGAUGCUGAUCCGCACGCCUCCCUGAUUGCAAAAGGAGCGGACUGCAUGAUUGCCGCAUUCGCUUCAGUGUUUCUCCAUUUGGUCAAGUGCCCUACGGCGAUGUCUCAACUCAAGCACGAGGUAGACAUCGCAUUUUGCAAGGAGGCCUUAUCCGGUAUCCUUCAGAAAGAGAAGGAAUUAUACACCCUGCCAUUCCUAGAUGCUGUCAUGAAAGAAUCGAUGCGACUUGCCAUGAGAUUUGAUUAUCGAAGAGAUGUCGCUGCGGGUGGUCUAGCAGUCUUGGGACAUUAUCUUCCUGAAGGGACGGUCGUUCAGUUUCGUUCAGAGACUUUAAGAAAUAAUCAUACUAUUUUCGGAGAAGACGUCUCUUCUUUUCGGCCUCAGAGAUGGCUGCAGGCCAACUUGGACCAGCAGCAACUGAGACGGAUGGAGGCAGCAUUGUUGGUUCUGCAACCGAAUAUGCCAGAUUCUGCAAAAGCUCGAUCGGCUUGGCUAGAAUUGAAGCGAGCCGCUGCUCUGAUCAUCUGGAAGUUUGAUGUAAGUGCAGUUGGCAGUCUUGCAGAAGUCAGACUAAUAUAUCUUAGUUUUAUCCUCUCAAUUAUGAGGAAGUGUCCAUCCAAGAUGCCGUUUCUCCGGAGCAAGAAUACGAUAUCUUGGUGAACUUUACUCCUAGAAUGCAUUAAUUCGAAAUAUGCCAUAAGUAACGAUUGAUCAGACAUCAUUAAAUACAGUUGUCGCCUGGAACACGAAGACGAGACUACGGGCGUCACAUGCCUGAUGUAGUUCUAUAGACGCUCACUCCCCC